AUGUCGGAAAAGGUCGCAGAGAGCGUGAAACGAAAUGCUCCACGACUGAGACUGACACUACCUCAAAUCUUCUGUAUUGUAGGAUUUGUCCAGGCUGCAGUUGUGAUCGGAUUGUAUAGGUACGAGCAACGUCAUAGCGAGGAUAAUUCAAGUGCUGACGAGGAACUCAGCUAUGUUUUUGCGCAAUGGCAACAAUACAUGGGACCAAAUUCCUUCCAGGUCCCUUCGAAUUAUGUCGUCCCGACCAAUUUGGCAAUCAUCCUCUUCGCUUUUGUAUACGAAUGUCUGUUGAUAUGCGAUGCCAUUUACAAUCAGAAUAGUGUACAAGUCACUGCAGUAUGCUUCAUCAAUGCCGGGUUGGUGGUUACCACAGCGCUCUCACGCCUGCAAUUGAAGAAUGCAAUUUACUCCAUGGCGGACGCUCGAGACGCAAAUGGUCAACCACUAGUCCAUCUCGACCAGGACAUAUGGGGGAACGUCAGAGGAAUCAUGAUUGCUAGCCCUAUUAUCCUUGGUAUCGGAACUGCUCUCUUAUUCGCCAUCUUGUUUAAGCUUCUUAAGCAUUUCUCGUGGAUCAAAUACCAACAUCUAAACGGAGAUCUGAUUAUGCGUCGUAGAUAUCUGGUCUAUCAGGGCUUCCUCGCCCUCCUCAAAAUCGACUUUUUCAUGGUCAUAGCCUUCCUCACCAUCUACGCCGUCAACGUCCUCUCCUGGCGCGGCUGGGAAUUCUACGCCACCAUCGCCUUCGCCAUUGGCAUGAUCCUUAUCCCCCUCCUAGCAGCCUACCUCGUUCGUCGCGAGAGCGUACCAGGCAUGCUCGUUAUACUCACUCUCUUCUCCGCCGCGAUAGCCUACUUCGUCUUCAAACUCCACCUCAUGUACGCCCCCAGCAAAACACACUAUCUCUACGAAGCCACCCUCACGAUCUCCACCUCCUACGCCUGUCUCUCCAUCUUCUUCCUGUCAUUGACAGUCGCCUGCGGCGUCGUCUGUAUGCUUAAUUUCGGACAUGGGCUACGCGGGUACCUGGUCAAUGAACACCAGGAGGUGGGCGAGGAGGUCGCGGAUGUGCAUUAUGGGGUGGGACUCAGGGGAGGACCGCAGGGGGUCAAUCUGGGGGAUUCGUAUAUCAGUUUGGCUCCGAGGGAUCGCAUGAGUAGGAGGUUGAGUCUAGAUUGA